GUUCCAGAGCUCUGCAGAACAGGAGCGACCUGUGCAAGUGCCUGUAACCAGCGCGCAGGGCAUGGCUAGAGCGCGGUCUGUGCGUCUGCACUGGUGCUUCCUUUGCCUGCUCUGCCAGCCCUCGCUUCGUGGAAGUGUAACCUGAGACAGGGCAAGAGCCCUGAUCCUGGGGGGAAAGGGGGAGGGAGGGAAUCUUUUGUCUCUGUGAAAUCUUAGUGCAAAGUAGAGGCAGGUUCCUCAAGCCCAGAGUGGGAUUUUCGGGAAGGAGAGUGCCCCGCCCUGGAGCUACGAGCUACGGGACAGGAGGGGAGAGCUGGAGCAAGACUUGACCACAGUGGCAGAGGCCCAGAGCCAGUGCUGGGGCCCUCCGGUGCCACUGAAGGAAUUUGCUUUCAUCUUGACUCUUUCCUACUUGUGUUGCUGCCUGCCUGAGUGAUCCCGAUGGUGAGAUCCUCUCUCUUGCAGAGCUGCCGGCUGAGUCAAGCAGAGUAGCCUGAGCUGCCAUCAGAGUCUUCAUCAGCUGGAAGUACCAAACCACUUUCUCAGGGCAGAUUAAGUCCUGCCUGUGGCAUUUUGUGACGGGCCAUGUAAAUCCUGGCAGGCAAAAAUCCUGCUGCCAGGCUGGCGGAAAAGUGGCGAGCAAGCAGAGCACCACCAGCACAGCUUUCUCCAAAGGCACAGCCUCCCCAUCAGUCGGACACUGAGGCAAACCGGCUUCGCUGAUAGCCUGGUUUGCAGCCAAGCCUGUGGUGACCUGGUGAGUCCACUGCAGGGUAGACUGGGCGCUCGGUAUUUAGGAAAAUGUGGUAGGAAGCAGGUGUGCCGGUUGGUUCCGGUGUUUUGUUGCAGGUAAUGUUUCCUGGAAGAAGUGGAUAUAAUGUGUCUGGAGCCUGACAGUGAAAUGAACUGAAAGGUGCAUUCACAACCAGUGGAAGGCUAAAUUAGUUUCAUUCUUCAUGGGCAUUUGAAGAAAAGGAUCAUGCAUUGGAAAAAACGCUAGGGCUGGAUGUUAUGGAUUGAGUAAGCACAAAGAUUCCUCUGAGAAAGCGCUACAGAACGUGCUGCUGCUGGAGAAGGUGAUGUGACCCCUGCUCUCAUGAAUCCUCUCCUGCAGUCAGGCUCUGUUCCUUUGGCAGAAGGAAUAUGUUGGACCAUAUCAGACAUGAAUGCAGAUCAUGUGAUGGUCACACAGGAAACUUUAAUGGAGCAGUUAGUGAAAAAUUAUCCAGGCAUUGCAGUGCCCUCCCACAAUUUAUUAUAUAAUAUCCUUGGCACUCUAAUUAAGGAAAGAAAAAUCUAUCAUACAGGAGAAGGAUAUUUCAUUGUGACUCCCAACACAUACUUUAUCACAAAUGAGGCCACAGAAGACAACAGAAGGGUCCUGUUGGAGGACAGUUGUUGCUGUUCAUCGCCUUCCAUCACUUACCUGGUAAACAUUAAGCCCUGUGCAGACCUAGUGAAAGAAAACAUUCCUACAGUAACUCAUUACAGAUCCUGCCAUUGUUUCCCUGACCAAAAUAUGCUCUGUGAACAAAGACAUCAACAGGUAAUGAGCCAUGAAUCUAAUGGAGAGGGAAAGAGAGGCUGCAGUGAAUUGAAGCCUUCAAUUCAAACUCAAGGGAUCUCUGCACCUGCUGAGAAUCGUUCCUGGGACACCAUCAAAUCUCUGGCAUCUGUGAAAGCAAAACUGAAAAGCAAAAGGUUUGGCAUUGGUAUUUUCUGGAGAAGUGGUUCUAAAAAAGAAAAACACAAGAAGGAGUACUCUACUUUUUCAGCCCAGUUUCCUCCCCAGGAGUGGCCAGUCAGGGAUGAAGAUGACUUAGACAAUAUUCCACGUGAUAUUGAACAUGAAAUCAUCAAGCAUAUUAACCCUACUCUUACAGUUGAUAAUUUGAUUAAACACACAAUAUUAAUGCAGAAGUUUGAGGAGCAGAAAAAAUAUAUCAGUAAAGAGAAAAAAUACAUCAGUAGUGGUACCUCAGCUGAAGUGUCAAUAGUCAGGCAAAACCAUCAUCUUUCAAAGGAUUGUAUUCAAAAGGCACCAAGUAAAAUAGCAAAACACACCAGGAAAACCAAAUCAAAGAAAGAAAAGCAGAUUAGCAGGAGCAGCGGGAAAUCUCACAUACAGAAGCCAACAUCUCAAAGUGUGAAACUGGAAGAGAACAUUUCACUGCCCAUCAAAAACCAAGAGCCACCUGAUGUAGCAGUGGAAUCCCAUGUGAUAUAUAAGAAGCAGAUUAAGAAUCCUUUUCAGGGUCUGCCAUGGAGACCUCACAGCUUUCAUUCAAGAGGGUACCAAGGUGUUUUUAACAGUCAGCUGAAGUGCCGGACUCAAAAGCAAGGAAGGGCUUUCCAAAGGCCACAGUCCUUGGCCUCCUCAAGACCCUUCGGCUGUGAAACUGAACAGCUGGCUGUAGAAACUGAGGCUGACAAAGCUAAGCAAAACAACCUACUCCAUGCUAAUAGGUCUCGCCUUCAACUAAAGAAAGACAAUUUAAGUGAAAAUGGUAGUCAUCUACAAGGCAGUAAUCUGCAAAUAGAUAAUAAAAGUAAAUACUUUCUAGAGAGUAAUAUUUCUGAAGAAAAUGUCUAUAAAAGAACAGUAAAAAAAAAGUCCCCUUGCUCCUACAUUGAAGAUAGUGGUGUGUGCAAAGAAAAUGCAGAAUUUCCAUUCUAUCUGAAAGAUGAGCACUGCAGACGCAAAGCUGACACUGUAUGUGAGUUGUUAGAUGGAACAGCCAAUGAAUUUCAAAAUGUCCAUCUUUCAAAUUACACAGCCAGUGUUAAUCUGGCCCAAAAAAAUGGUGUGAAAUGCAGACCAAAGACUGAUAAAAAGAGUGAACUUAUAUUUAACUAUGACUGUGCCAGCCAUCCUGGAUCAAUGGAGCUAGAAAGUGAAGGAUUUACUGAUAACUUCCGUCUUCUGUACCAAAAGGGACGUGAUGGUGACACCUGUAACUUGUCACAUCUGGAUGAGAAUUCUGAAGGCCAUGCAUCAUGUCACCUGCCUCCUGGCCAUGCCUUUUCAGACACAAGAGACUGGAGUACAGCUGUGCAAAAGCCGGGGGCAGCUGUGUCCUUAAAAGCCUGUAAGGUCAGUACUUGUGCUGCCCAGCACAACACAACUGUAAAUGAAUGCAACUCUGGAGAGCACGGAUAUAAGGGACGUGCUAGCUUUGCAGAAUCAACAGACAGCUCAAAAGAGCAUCCAAAACCAGACUCCACAGAAGAAAGCUGGUUGUGCAGUCAGGUUCUUCUGAAAGGUCACAGAAAGGAUGAAGGAACUGGCCUUACUGAAUGUGGGAAUGGCUCAGCUGUGGCAGAUUGCUGCCACGCUGACGAGGCUGACUCUGAUGCUGCCACUUCGCAGAACUUCACGCAUGAGAACAGAAACACUCAGAAGGGACAGAAAACCACAGCAUUACAGGAGACAGUGGAAUUGACUCCCCAAGGUACGAAAACACAUGAAACUAAGUAAGAUGUUUUAUCUUCAAAUUGACCAUCAGAUUUAGGCAGAAAUGAUGCAGUAAAUCAUAAACUCCCUCCUCAACAACAAAAUUCUUAUUAUUUUUUAAAACUUCAGUGUUAUUGAUCCACAAAUACUCAAACUGUAUAGUUCUGCUAAGUCUUUUUACAUGAACAUUUUCUCACAUCAGUUAUACAAAUGCUGCUGUUUGUCUUUUGCAUUUGUUGCCAUGAGGCAAGAAAACAGUAUGAGAUCUGUCCUGCAGGUAGAGAUGGCCAAGCGCAGAAACGUUAAGAAACAUGGUGUUUGAUAAACUCGGUGUUAAACACAGUGUUUGAUAAGCUCCUGUUAGCAGGCAGGUUCAGCUCACAUAGAUCUCACCAUAUGACACUAGAUAUUGUCAUAGUUUCUCCAGUUGUACAUAAAGAAUAGAGAUCCAACAAAAAUUUAAAGUAGAAAAUACCAUCUGACUUGCCCACAAUAGACAGGAGAAUGUGUACAUCACCUGAGCUUUCAUAGUGUAUGUUUUGCCUGUAAUUACACCUGAAAAUCCCUUAAUGGACAACAAAUUGGCAUGAAACAAUCUUUUACACAGGUGUACAUGGAGACCUCCAAAACUUAACCAAAUUGGCAAGAACCUAUGUUAAAAAUCACAUCCUUUUUUUUUUUUUUUUUAACAGCGACACAUUUUCUUAGUAUCUUAAAUGAGUAGUAUUUAACUAAUUAAACCAUUGGAGUUCUCAUUAGUUUUGUACUGUCACCUUGAGAAGCUGGUAUAUGAAGGAACAAACCACAAACUACAGUUUCUAAGGAAAUUCUGCUAAUUGUUAAUCUUUUCCUGAAGCAGCUCUUGGCUGUGCACUCUUCCAAGCACACUUGAAAUCUUUAGCAAAAUGUAUUUCAGAGGAUCAUUUUUACUGUUUGUACUGAUGCCAUCUCUGGCACUAAAAGCUAAGCCAACUCAGUUUGGUUUUGGAAUGUGAAGUCUGACUUCUAAUAAUUCUAUUAUUUUAGGUGGACUGAAAAGAAGAUGAAGCUUCCUGCCAAAUUCUAAAAGUAUAAAUAUCAAUGCAAAGAGGAGGGCAAGUGAAAGGACAAUUGCAACAAAAUUCCUUACUUCAUCUAACUCUGGUCAUGAAUAUUUGAUUAUUUUUUUUAAUGAGCUUUGUAAACUUUCCCCUUGUAACAAGGUACCCAUACUGUCAAUGCAGCCAGUCACAUCAGUGAGGCUGUCUCUAAAUCAAAGCUGUUAGUUAAAACUUUUGACAAUGGUGUUUGGAGAGGUCAUGUGUAUUUUGUUUGCCCUCAUCUUUAAUUAUUUUUUGUGUGUCUCUGUGAUAAUAAAAAUGAGAACUGGCGUUCUUCAUUCAGACCCA